CCUAGGUGGCUGCGGCUCCCUAGGCUCAGAGCUGCGCACCCGGAGCGGAGCUGAGGUGCAGCGCCACCCCGAGCGCCGAGCGCCAUGUACGACCCGGAGCGCUGCUCGAGUCUGUCGUUCGCCGGCUGCGGCUUCCUGGGCUUCUACCACAUCGGGGCCACGCUGUGUCUGAGCGAGCGCGCCCCGCACCUCCUCGGCGAGGCGCGCACGUUCUUCGGCUGCUCGGCCGGUGCACUGCACGCGGUCGCCUUCGUAUGCAGACUCCCUCUCGAUCAGAUCAUGGAGAUCCUCAUGGACCUUGUGCGGAAAGCCAGGAGACGCAACAUUGGCUCCCUCCAUCCAUUCUUCAACAUUAACAAGUGCGUCCGAGAUGGGCUCCAGGAGACCCUCCCAGACAAUGUCCACCAGAUCAUUUCUGGCAAGGUUUACAUCUCCCUCACCAGGGUGUCGGAUGGAGAGAAUGUGCUGGUGUCUGAUUUCCAUUCCAAAGAUGAAGUGGUGGAUGCCCUGGUGUGCUCUUGCUUCAUUCCUUUCUUCUCUGGCCUAAUCCCUCCUUCCUUCCGGGGUGAGCGGUACGUGGAUGGAGGUGUGAGUGACAAUGUCCCCCUGCUGGAUGCCAAAACCACCAUCACAGUGUCCCCUUUCUAUGGCGAGCAUGACAUCUGCCCCAAAGUCAAGUCCACCAACUUCUUCCAGGUGAAUGUCACCAACCUCAGUCUCCGCCUCUGUACUAGGAACCUCCACCUUCUAAGCAGAGCGCUCUUCCCACCAGAUGUGAAGGUGAUGGGAGAGCUGUGCUUUCAAGGGUACCUGGACGCCUUCCGGUUCCUGGCAGAGAACGGCAUCUGUAAUGGGCCACAGCCUGGCCUGAGUCUGUCCUCAGAGGAGACCGAGUCAGAAGCCACGCCUCUCUGCCCGGAAAACAGCAGCCUUGUGGGGGACAAGCUUCCAGCCAGUCUGUACCUUACAGCUGUGCCCUGGGAUGAGAGCAUCCAGGAGACCUUGUCCCCCCAGCUCAGCACAGCUCUGAGUGAAGCGAUUAAGGACAGAGAUGGCUACCUGAGCAAAGCCUGCAACCUCCUGCCCAUCAGAAUUCUGUCUUACAUCAUGCUGCCCUGUACUCUGCCUGUGGAGUUGGCCAUUGCUACAGUCCACAGGUUAGUGAUGUGGCUCCCUGACCUCCCUGAUGAUAUCCAGUGGCUGCAGUGGGCGACCUCCCAGGUGUGUGCCCGAGUGACGAUGUGUCUGCUCCCCUCAACCAGAUCCCAGGCAUCCAAGAGUGACCAUGGAAUACCCAAGCAUGGACACCACUCAUCGCUACACAAACCCCAGUGCAGCUCUGCUGGUUUGUAAAUUGCUGGUCUCUCUGCUUCCCAUGAACUUGGACAUUCCCCCUGUGGAUGGUCCAGGAGGGGCCAAAGCUGAGGCCACCUUGCCUUCCACCCCAAAGCCCAGCUUGACCUUCAGCUGGAGCAACGGUGUCUGGAUGGUGGGAGGGUGGGUGGGGGUGUCAUACUCUCUGUUAUACAGUAGGAAGGGUUCUGUUGCUUGUGGAGGUGUCUAGGAAAUUACUCUCCAGGAGCUGAGCCCCUGGGUGCUGUGUGGUGACCUCAUGCCUCUGACCCCAGGAUGACAGGAUCUGGGCUAAAUUGGUAGUUUAGAGAAAUCAAAGGCAAAGAUUUGGUCUUCAGAAAGCCACUUUUGGUCUGGGUGAAGUUGGUGCUUGGGAGCUCACCCAGAGAGGAGGCUCCACUGUCUCUCAGCCUGUGAAUGAUCUGGGAUGCCAAGGGCAGCAGUGUUUGGAAACGGGAAUUCAAACUGGGCGAUCUCGUAAGGAAAAUUGUUGGAGAAGUGUAAUGGGAUGGGAUGUGGCUGUCCCUGAGAAGUAAUACAAGAUAACUUAUUACAUUCAAGGACACCAUUGGCUCUUACUAAAAUAGUUUAUAAAGAAUUUUAUAUAGGGCUGGAGAGAUGGCUCAGAGAUUAAGAGCGCUGGCUGCUCUUUCAGAGGUCCUGAGUUCAACUCUCUGAUCCACAUAGUGGCUCACAACCAUCUAUAAUGAGAUCUGGUGCCCUCUUCUGGCAUGCAGGCAUACAUGCAGGCAGAACACUAUAUAUACAAUAAAUAAAUAAAUCUUAAAAAAAAAAGAACUUUGUAUAAACACACAUAUGAUCAGUGAGCUGUGAAGAGAAUUAGCCUUAAAAUAACAUCUCUUGUAUGUGGGGGCAAAACAACACAGGUAGGAAGCGCAGUGGACCUCUGCCUCUGCAUCCUCAGCCUGGCUUGCUUUCUCCACUGUUUCCAAAUCUCUGUACUGUCACCAACCACCACUGCCUCUCCCGUCUGCUCCACCAGCCUUAAUGGGGAUAGGCAUCCACUUUUCUCAGGUGUGUGUAUGCUGCGGGUAUGAUGUGUUUCCUGUAAUUCACAUAUGAGAUUAGAACAUAAAAAACAAACAAAGCUCGAAACAAGGACCUGCUCAUACUCCUGAGCAUUGGCAGUGAAGGUAUAUGUCUCCCGUGUUGGAGUUUCCUGGAGUCCUAGUGAACCCCAGGUUCACACAAUCAUCACACCCUGGUGCACAUACUCUCAGCAGGGUUGAUCCUGAUUGGACAGGGGAUGACUCUGGGGGGAGAGAAUGUGGUUCAGAGGUAAAGCUUAGCUCUAGGCUACCCAGAAGAAAGACUGUGGAAAGAAGACAAGCUGGGAAUGGGGACAUGGCUCAACUGGCAGAGUGCUUGUCUAGCAUGCAUGACGCUGUGAGUCCAGUCUCAGCACCAUAUAAGCUGUGGUGUGACAGGCAAACAUAUCCCAGCACUCCAGCUGAAGAGCAAGACGGUCAGAGGUUCAAGGUCAGCCUUGGCCGUUAGAGGUCAGCCUUGGCUAAGUGAGACCCUGCCUCAAAAAGACAAAAAAUAAACAAACAAACCAAAAAUGGCAGGAGCUUCCUUUGCCCUGCCUUGAGCUGCCCCUUUCUGGAAGUUUCUCAUCAGCAGAGAAGAAUAUUCCUGCCACCCUAGCAAAUAAAAUUCCUGCUGGUUUGGAGCCCUGCACUGUCAGGAACACCCGGAGUGGAGAAGUUACCAUUGGGCGGGGAGCUACGUCUUGACCUGCUAAGCAGGUAGCAAAGCUCAUUCAUUUGUUAAAAACAAGUAUGGAUGUGUUUAUGCAAAUGAGUGUGUCCACAGGACUGAAUGGAAACACCAAAAAUACCCACAACUGUUAAGGGAAAAGGGUUCAUAAUCAACGUGAAAAAAACAAUAAAUAUGAUUUUUUUAAAAAAUGUA